GGUUAUCUUCGAGCUAAGUUGCGGAGGUGGUAAUUCUUUGCCAGCAGAAUUUCCUUGAUGACGCUGCAAGGACUAACGGUCCGUGGAUACGUGGCAGUAAUGGAUCAGAAUAUGGAUUUUGAAGUAUAUUGGAUUGAAGAAGCUACUUGCCAUGAAUUGCCUCCAAUCCUUCUUUGCGCUCCUCCCAUCAGCCAUGUUACAACUGCCUGACCUGUUCAUUUCGGAUAACGCGUGGCUCAUUGCUGGUGCUGUGACUUGUCUUAGCGUAAUAGGAGCAUUUGUUCUUCCUCAAUCGAAGAAUGGCCCUCCUCUCCCACCUUACCCUUUCACUUUAAGGCCUUGGGGGCACUUCCUGCCGUCUCACAAGUCAUUUCUCACCAUAGCAGGUUGGAUCAACCAGUACGGCCCUCUGAUCACUCUUCGGUCAGGGCUCGGAAAAGUCGUGAUUAUUGGUCGUUACAAAGCCGCCAUGGAUAUUAUGGAGAAUCAGGGCGGAACUCUCGCUGACCGUCCUCGCAUGAUCGCUGCUGGAGAAUUAUUUGGUGGCGGGCUGAGCAUUGCCUACACGCCAUUUGGAGACAGAUUCCGUCGGAUGCGUAGAGCCCUUCAUACGCAUUUCCAGCCUACAGCAGCUGGGGCUUAUCAGCCCCUGCAGAUGUCGAACGCGAAGAAUCUGAUUUUCGACAUCCUUGAUGAUCCAUGCAACUUUCAGAACCAUGUGAUGAGUUAUGGUGCGACAGUAAUUACGAAAGUUACCUACGGUAGCAAUGCACCCACGUCUGCAGCUGAUCCCCAAGUCAUUGAGAUGCGCCAGCUUAGGAAGUUGAUCGACAGAGCCCUGCGCCCCGAUGCUUUCUACCUUGUAGACUCGAUCCCGUGGCUCAAACACAUUCCCUGGUAUGGCCGAGAAUUAAAACGGGGGUUUGGGAGGAGCAAGCGGCUUAACAUAGGUCAGCUGAACCGAGUGAAAGAACAAAUGCAAAGCGAUGUGGACAUCGGCCCUUCGUUCACGAGAUAUAUGCUAGAAAAUGGCGAUCACCAUGGCUUGACAGAGGACGAGACGGCUUUUCUUGGUGGUUCCUUGUUUAGAGCUGGAACCAACACAACCACCUCAGUAAUAUGCACGGUGCUCAUGGCAGCCGCAUGUUUCCCCGAUGAGCAAGUUAAAGUUCAAGCUGAACUGGAUGCGGUUAUCGGGAGGCAUCAAGCGCCGACAUUCGCCGACCAACAAUCCCUUACUCGCCUGCAGGCCUUCAUCUCUGAGGCUGUGAGAUGGAGACCGGUUGCUCCUAAUGGAUUUCCCCACCGAACAACCAAAGACGUAAUUUGGGAAAACCACUGUAUUCCAGCUGGGACCACAGUAUUCGGUAACCAUUGGUCCAUCUGUCGAGAUCCAGAAGUCUUUCCCGAGCCUGAAGUGUUCAAGCCUCAACGCUGGAUUGACGACCAAGGUCUCCUGAGAGACGACCUAACCAAUUUUCUCUACGGGUUUGGUCGGCGUGUGUGCCCCGGUCAACAUGUCGCGAACAGAACGGUGUUCAUAAGCGCGGUCUUGAUUCUUUGGGCCUUCCAGCUCACUCUGGAUCCUACACAGCCGCUGGAUGACAUGGGAUUCAUGAACACAGAGAAAGCCCACCGGCCGUUUACAUACCGGCCGUGCACCAUCGACUUCAAGACGAGGAUUCCGGAAACAGAGCUCAGGCGGAUAAUGCAGAAUUAUCCUGUGGCGUAUGAGAGCGAUCACUGCUAGAGAGGGAACGAAACACCACUAUCCAAACCAUGCCUCUAGGAUCAUUACCCGCAGUAAAUCACCUUGUAAGUUGUUACGGUUGCGAAUUGUGUAUUAUAGCUGUCGACUGUGCGUCAUCGUUAUUAGGAUUCUCUGUGCAGUUCUGUCGUCGUUAUCAUGCCAGUUCACUGCUUAGUUCAUUUCAAGCAAAUUGGCGAGCACUCGAUCACACUAUUUCAGGCCAGCAGUAACAUGCACGAUGAGUUGCAUCCAAUCCUUCUUUGGCGGACGCAGCCCAUAGAUGUGGCGGGUGUGUUUCUGCUUGUAAACUAAUUCAAACUUGUUCCCCCUAUAUCUCGUUACUGUAGUUGUUGCUCAUUGCACGCGAAUUCCUAUCAACAGCUUUCAUUGAUCC